GGUCAUCACACGCUGCUAGGACCAGUUCAAGUUUUGUAUCCGUCGUAAGCAAUUCGCGUUCCAUGGCCAGUGUUGAGUCGGCCGGAUCCAGUAGUUUGGCAUGUGCGUCAUCUAGUGUUUCUUCCACGUCUCAGCAUCAUUGUAUACCCUCAGGGGUUUCCUUUCUAUAUAUAUAUAUAUAUAUAUAUCCAUAGGACGGUCCAUGUUAUUCUUUACAUCUUUCAAUAAACUCUUUGAUUGGUUUGUUGGAUUUGUAUAGCGUGUGUAGUUCUUUUUUUAGAUCGUCGAUGCGUUUCAAAAUGGAGGUUUUUGUGCUGCGUGGAAUAUUGGUUUGACCGGCCACAAUAUGUUCUAAAUGUCGAAGACGUGCUUCAAAACCGUGUUCGUCCAUGGAAUAUGAUAUAUGGGGAAAUAUAUAUUUUCUUUGGUGCUCAAAAAGAGUUUACACUACCAGGAGAGGUUCAAACCGACACCUUUUGUUUUUUUUUUAACGUCAGCACACCACCUCAGGGUAAAAAAAAAAGGUUACUUACCACUUACCUUUUCCUUUUCUUGUGCGCUGACCUCCAACAUUAAAAAAAAAACCCCCUUCCCACAAACCCGCCCAAUCCACACAAAUGCAACCAUGGGGAGAACGGCAGUAUAUACGAUUGGCCAUGUCUACAAAUCACCGUUCAAAGACGCCAUGGUGAAAACCAACAGUGAGCUUCAAGAAUUACGACGUCAAGAAGGUCAAGAACGCGAAGCUGCGCAAAAGGCGAUUGAGUUGGCCGAUUUGAUCUUGAAAGAUCUCGAGCAUCCCGAUCGCGAUCCUAUUGCUACUGAUUGGGAUACGCGACAAACACUCAAGGCUGUCAAAGCGUGUCACUAUGCACACAGCGUACUGUCAAAAGAAGCGUUCAAGAACCCGGACUUGUUACGACAUAGUUUGAGAUAUUGGAUCGACGCGCUUGCUAGAUUGAAUCACUAUGACGACGCUAUUGAAUUAAGUAAAGAAUAUGUUACUUUGUUAAGUGAUGUGGAUGAUUUGAUGGUAUUAUACGAAGCCUAUCAUGAAAUAGCUGGACUUUACUUUUGCCGAGGGCACGAUCAAGAUCACGCCAAAUUUGACGACUUUGACAAUGCACGACGAUUUUAUAGUUUGGAGCGUAGAGCUCUCGAUCAGUUACCUGGAGACACUGAAGAUUUGGAAGACAUUAAGCGAUCCUCGGAUUUAAAUAUGGGCAUCAUUGAAGCCAAGGAAAUGGGAGGGUUGGAAAGGGCCCAAACGCUAUUCACGAGCGCGUUCAAGACUGCAGCGAAACUUGGAAAAUACAUUGAGCAACAGACGACAGCUUGGGAAAUGGGAAAUGCGUAUCGGAACCAUGGCCAUUUGGAACAACUUGCCAAAGCGCAGGGCAUCGAACUCAGUGUGAUCCGUCGCCACAAGCUGAAGGAUAAAGAAGUACUUGUUCGCUUUGAAAUUGUUAAAACACGAAUAGAGAUGGGACACUAUGAGAAAAGUCGUGAACUCUUGGAUGAUCUAAGAGGUCUAUUGGAUACUGAAGAGAUCAACGAAGAAUUAGUAAAGACGAUCUAGAAGAUAUCAUCAAUUAUUUGGAAUCAAGAAGAAUCGCUAUAUCAAAACUUCCUGACGUCAAUACACUGGGACCCGUCUACCGACGCGCUGUACUUUUCUUUGAACUUGGCAAGGCUGAGUUUGAAGAAAACAUGCUGCAUACUGCGCUAAGAUCUACAAGAAAUGGCAUACGGGAAGUUAAAAAGGAACCGACAUUGAUGGUACAAUUAGCGGGGUUGCUUCUCGAUUUGAAGCAACUUGAAGCAGA